UUAAUAAAAUAAAAAUAAAAACGGAAAGCUGGAAGAAAAAUAAAAAUUCCUUCUUUCCUUCUGAAGCAAAAAAGGAAGAAGAGAAGAGCAGAGAAGGAAGCAGAAUCUAAUUUGGAUUUUAAUCGGAGAGAGAAUCUAUUCCGACGAUUUUUUUGGGUUGAUUUGGAUUUUUGUCGAUUGUCGUUUAGUCUUAAUUUGAGGGGUUUUGGUGUGGUCUCGAAGAUGAUGGUAGCUAAUAGCUUCGAUCUAUGGCAAAAAGAUGUUUUUUUCUCUGCAGCAGAGGAGGUUCAAGAAUCUGCUGAUAUAAUGGAAUCUGCGUAUAGGUUGUGGUUUAAACAGAAGAGAGACGGUCGAGUAACCGUUGAAUCAGACGAGCUCUGCAAAGAACUCCAAGCUGCUUUGAGCACUGCUAAAUGGCAGUUGGAAGAGUUUGAGAGGGCAGUGAGGUUGAGCCAUGGAAAUUGUCGAGAUGACACUAUGUUAACUAGGCAUAAACAGUUUGUUACCGCUAUUGAAAACCAGAUUUAUCGAGUAGAAUCUUCUCUGCAAGAGGCGUUAAGCGAGAAUGGGAAACAACCUUUGCGUUGGGUGGAUCUUAACAAAGAAGAGCGUGAUGACCUUGCCAUGUUUCUAUCUGGAUCUUCUCAGACAUCAGAGAGUUUAAACAGUGAUAGUAUUAACUUGAGAGAUUCCUCAACGAGUUCUGUAGCAGAGAUUCCACGUGGGAUGAAUGGCAGACGAGAGACUAGAUGUUAUGGUGAUAGUCCUGAGUGUGUGAUAGACAUUGACGAGAGAGGAAGUCCUGAAAGUGGUGAUGCUAUGAUCCGCGUUCAAGAUGAUAAAAAAGCCGGUACAAGAAGAACAUGGAGUUCACCAAAUGUACCGAAUAUCAGUGCGUUGAGGAUUAAUGUUCCUUUUAAUGCAAAAGAAGAAGAGAGAGAGAAAUUCCUGUCACAAAUCGAAGACACUCCUAAAGAAAAAGGAUCUAAACCUCUGUUUUGGCUGCAGAGAUGUCGUGAUUAUAACCAGCUUUUUGACAGAGUCAAGGUUUAUCAAAGACGAUUUCGCGUUCCAUUAACCCGCCCGAUUAAGCUCAUUCUUUCCUUAACGCUAAUCUUCUUUCUUCUAUUAUUCAUCUUGAGAACUUAAACCGCGGUUUCAGAAACUCUCAAGAAACAUUGACAGGUUUUGUUAUACAGAUUCUUGUGUAAUGGGCACACUUUAGAUGCUACACAUGAUUCAACAUCCUUCGAGAAGGAAGAGAGAUUAAAAGCUUUGUCAAGAUUCAAAAGAAGGACAAACUCUGCUUUAUUACUCUCUCUUAUCCUUAGGGAACAUAUAGGAACUUGUAUAUUUGUAAGAUCAAUAUGUAAAACUUGAAGCUACGUUUCGUAAAACGUUAGACGUGUACCUAAAGGAAACCAAUGCGUGUUUGUGUUCAAUGAUAUCUCCAGUGUUUGUUUGUCUCUCA